CAUAAUACUGGAAGUAUAUAAACUUCAAAUACUAAAAAAAAUAAGUAAUAAGUAUCAACAAGCGUCUUAGACACAGAGAACUUUCAUCAAUUGAUACUGAUUUUCCAAAAGGCAACGCAAUGAUCAAGUUUAUCGCGACCUGCUCCCUUCUGUUAAUGCUGGUGUCGAUGGUUAUGUCAAGUCCUACUCUAAGUCGUAGUAAAAGGGCCUCGUGUACUAUUUCUGGUACUUCAAUAAGUAACGUGGCAAGCGUGAAAUCGUCAUGCACUAACAUAGUGGUAAAAGACCUGACGGUACCGGCGGGGAAAACCCUAGAUUUGACCAGCCUAAAAUCGGGAACCACUGUGACAUUCCAAGGAACCCUAACAUUCGCCUAUCAUGCCUGGGACGGUCCCCUGGUCUCUAUCGGUGGAAAUAAAGUUAGCGUAAAACGAGCUAGUAAUCACGUCAUCAAUGGUCAAGGUGCCAAAUGGUGGGACGGCAAAGGUAGCAAUGGAGGAGUCAAGAAACCACUCAUGUUCCAAUUAUACAAACUGGACCAUUCUACAGUGGAGAAUCUCUACAUUAAAAAUUCCCCGAGACACACUUUUUCCAUCACAAACUGUAAUAAUCUAACACUUUCUGGAACCACUAUUGACAAUUCCGAUGGUGAUUCGAAUGGUGGGCAUAACACCGACGCCUUUGAUGUAGGUCAAUCCAACUAUGUCUACAUUAAAAACAGCAAAGUCUACAAUCAGGAUGACUGUCUCGCCGUAAACUCCGGAACAAAUUAUUAUUUCACCAACAACUACUGCUCGGGAGGGCACGGUAUAUCAAUAGGAUCGGUGGGAGGACGUAACAGCAAUGAAGUCAAAAACGUCGAAGUUGCCGACUGUACCAUCGUCAAUUCUGAUAAUGGGGUAAGAAUAAAGACAAUUGCUGGAGCUACAGGAGUGGUUUCUGGCAUAACAUACAAAAAUAUAGAACUUAAAAACGUUAAGCAAUACGGCAUAACCAUUAGGGGAGAUUAUCAGAAUAGCGGAGCGACUGGGACUCCCACCACUGGGAUCCCAAUUCGACAAGUGACAUUUUCUAACAUUCAUGGUACUGUCAAGUCAUCAGCAGUCGAUAUUUACGUUAAUAUCGCAAAUGGUGUAGCUUCAAGUUGGUCUUGGAAGGGCAUAAAAAUAACUGGUUCCUCUAAAUCAAACGUAUGUCGCGGAAUACCUUCGACCGUAUCUUGUUAACAUAUUUUAGUCUCUUUUAGUUUUUCCCUUAUGAUAAGAACAAUAAGAUGAAUAAAAAAUUGCAUUCAA